AUGACUGAGACCAUCGCGCUCAGAGGCCCUUCAGCAUUUGGCGGAGUAUCGUUUUCUUCCUUCUAUGCAAGUACACUCGCAGAUACCAACAUGUUUAUCUCAGACCACAUAGACCACCUCGAGGCGCUGUAG